UUCGAGUUGAUUUUGAACAAAGUUCCUGUCUCUCGUUAAAGUCCACAAGUAACACAAGCAGUGUCAUUGGGAAAAGAAUUCGUGUUUACCUUCCUUGGCCGAAUGACAGGCUUGUGAAGACGCUAGACUCACGUGUAGCUGGAACGACACCUGCCUCAGGUACUUUCAUGAAAGGUAGUUGAACAGCGCGGAGAUUGUGAAAGAUUUUAUGUCACAGUGGUACACUUCGUCUUCCAGAUUUGGACUGCACCCUGUAUGUGUUUAUUCUUGAGGAGCAUUUAAAGCAAUGUGCUCCAGUGGGCAGCUUCUGUGUUCAGGAAGGAGGCGUUCGCCCCCCAGUGGAGGGGGCAGUAGCUCAGGCUCCCAGUAUGCUCUCUGUGUGCUUGGGGUGGGCUUGGUGGCACUUGGAAUUGUCAUGAUUGUGUGGAGCGUUGUGCCUUCCAAAGUGACACAGCUGCAAAAUAGUACAACUCCAGUUCCGAAUGAUGGCAUUGUGAAAGAUCAAGGGAAGACUUCGUCUGUUGCUUAUGUGCUAGUGGGAGCCGGCAUAGCCAUGUUACUCUUGGCUAUAUGUCUCGGGUUAAGGAACAAGAAGCAGAGGAGACACAGGGAAACUGCAGUCACAGGCAAUCCUGAAUAUGUGGACCGUGAUGAGGCAUCAAAUGAAGAGCCAGCACCCACCUAUGAUGUCCCAACAUAUGAGGAAGCGGUCAACAGUGGACAGUACCCUGUUCGUCAGAGCAACCUGCGACAGAGUUGCCAGCUACCCUCAUACGAAGAUCUUAUUGGUGCUGUUGAAAGUGAAGGCCAGCAACCAAAGGAAGGUAAUGGGCAAGAGGCCCCUCAGGCAAUGCCUGACUCUGGACCCCAGGCUGCGGCACCCACCUCCAGCUCCCAGCCCGCACGCAGCAGCAGUAGAGCUAGUCGCAUCCUUAGGCCUCUCAGAGUGCGCAGGAUCAAGUCAGAGAAGCUCCAUCUGAAGGACAUUCGUCUGAAUAUUCAAAGCCCUGCUCGAGGAGGGGUGGUGACCAUCGAACCACUAACCCCUCCACCAAAGUAUGAGGAUAAGCCACCCCAACUUCCCACAGAAGCAGUGUAGUGAUGCAGUCACUGGAUUCACACUAUAAAACUGAUAUUUUUAACUAAUUGCAACCACUGUUUGGAUGGGAAAGGUCAGUUGAGACCGUGUAAUGCAUUGAGAGAUAGAAAUGAAUUUGGACAGAACUCUAAAGCCUUAUUUAAUUUAGUUUUUGAAUCAAACUUUUAUUUUUAUUUUUUUCAUAUUUAAAAAAUCAUUUCCAGGAAGUAUUUCCUCCUCAUUGAAAUGUUUAUUAUGUUUGUCUCUUUUUUUUUUUUUUUUUUUGGUUUAUGUGACAGUGGCACACUUAUCUUCCACACUUGAACCCGCACCCUUCUGCUCUGAGAGGAAGGACAGUUCUGUCAUUAUUCAAACUCCUUUGACUUUCUUUCUUCUGCAGAAUACAAAAAAAAUAUUUUGUCAGUGUAUUUACAGUACCCAUACAAUGUAAGUCAAUGGGGUCUGACACUUUAAAGCUAUGAAAAGGACUUAAAGUCUGCAUAAAGGUAGUCCAUAAGACUCAAGUGGUUUAACUGGAGGGGUCUUCUGAAUCGAUACAAUUGGGUUUGGAUGAGAAACGCACCAAAUGUAACUCUUUUUUCACUAUACAUCUUGCCAUCUGAAGUCUCGUAGACGCAAUCAUAAUUUGAAGCUUGAUUACACUUCCUCGUGCUUGAUGCAUCAUCCAAUACCGAUCGUAUCACUUCAGGAGAAUGGAUCAAAUCACCUGAGUCAUAUAGAUGGUAUUUACGUCAUAUUGCCAUCAAAAUACCUUUGCUUGUGUUCUGCAGAGGAAAGAAAGUCAGACGAGUUUGAGACCCCAUAAGGAUGAGUAAAUGAUGAGAGAAUAAUCAUUUUAAGGUGAACUAUUCCUUUAAGUGUGUUGCUGUCAACUUGUAUCUACUGUUGUGUCUACUAUUUAAGAGUGUGAAAUAAAGACUUAGUAAUGGUAGGGAAAUUCGUUUAAAAUGAUCACAAAACUCUAGAAAUAUUUAAUGUAACCUAACUUUUAGGACACUGCAUUAAUAUCUAAUUCUGAUGUAAUGUCACAAAGACGAGACUGUAUAAAAAACCAAAAAUGUGCGUCAUCUGAUUAACCAUAAAGAUGAUUUUUUUUAUUUUUCUUUUUAUUAUUAUUACCUUUUUAAUCAUCAAAAUGUAUUGAUAGGCUCCAAACUAAACAAGCUACUGUGCAUGUUUGCACCUUCUGUAUGUUGUGUUUGUUUCUUAAAUUGCCUCAAGCUCCGCAGACAAUGCCUUUUUACCUUUUUAGGAAAACUUAUUUGUUUUAAUUUACUUUAUUUGGUUGGGGUGUAGAAUCUAUGGAAGAGGGAUGGAUUUACUAUUGAUUAUGUGUAACUGCUAGAAUUGAUAUUUUAAAGCAGAAAGUCUCUGCAGUUGUAUUUAUGGCACAUUUUGUGAAAAUA